UGUGUGUGUGUGUGUGUGUGUGUGUGUGUGUGUGUGUGUGUGUGUGUGUGUGUGUGUGUGUGUGUGUGUGUGUUGGAUCCCAGUGUGAAUCCACUCCAGGUUUUCGGCGCUCUUUAACCGCCUCUGUCGUUUUUUUCUCCGACUGUUGCCCCGGAGGAGAGGCGGUAAAAAUCACUUACCCAAAGUUACUCCUUACUGUGUCCCGAUGAGGAGUAAUGGAGGACUACGCGAACUUUGUGCAGGAUCUUCUUCCCCAGCUCAGGAGAAGAGAGGAGAAAGACCAAAGAUCUUCAUCUGCAUCCUCUGUCAUCCGCUUCUAUGGACGAUCUAUCCUCCCUCCUCUGCUCUCAGAGAAACAGAGGGAGGAGAUGCAGCGACUCAGAGAUGAAGCUGAGGUCCACACAAAGUUAAAAGAUGAUUCCAGGAUGGCCCACAUCCAGACUAUUCUGCACAGCGUUCAGCUGAGGAAGACAUCAACACUCGAAGAGUUCCUUCAAGAGUCAGAGAUUAUCACAAAAUCUUCAUUUUUCUGUAACGCCAGCAGUGGAUCGGUGUCUUGGGAUAAUUCUUUUGUAGGAACGAAUGAUAAUAUUUCAUCACCACCUGUAAUUAAAGGAAAAGAUGGCAUUUGUCUUCCUCCUCUGACAUCGACGACAUAUAGUGCCUUUUUCGCCUCCGAUAUGACACCUCAGCAAAAUUACAAUGAAGGAGGCCUUACUGACCAACUUAACAGCCAACAAGGAUCACAGCCAAAUUCCUUUAAUGCUGAGAGCUGCCGGUCUCUCUCCUCAGGUUGCAUCGCCAACAAGAAUGUUGAAAACUCUACAACUGUUUCUGGACGGAUUGAUGCAGGAAACGAGAGCAAUGGCUUCCGCUCGUCAGAUGGAUUUUAUAACACAGUGGGCUUUUUUCUUCACAACACCUCAAACACAAUCGCCAAGAUGCCAGAUAUUAUCAGCUACCCUCCCAUAGAUGGAGAGGAAUUAGAGAGGAGUGGGCAGGAGUCAUCUUUCUGUGAUAACUUAACAGAUGUAAGAGACGUUUGUUACACCUCGUUUCAGGAGGAUUCGCUCUUGUGCAACCAUAUACCAGCAGAAAAAUCUGAAAACAGUCAACUGGAUAGUGUGAAAUGUGAUGAUAACAGCCCCUUUACUUCAGUGCUUAACCCUGACAGAGAUGGAAAUUUAGACAAAAUUGAGGGAUCAGGCACUUUGUUGGAAGAAAGCAGCUUUUCAGACAAUCCAUCACAGACACUAAACACUCAUCACUGUCUGACAACAAAACCGCAUAUUCAGCACAACCCCAGAAAAACUGAACUAGAGGACAACCAGGUAGAUGAAGCAGACUCAAAGCUGUCUGAGGAGCCUUAUCGUUUGAGCCUUCAGGCCUUGCUGAAGAAAUCUCAGGAGUAUCGACGGCGCCAGCGGAUGCUUAGGAACCAAGCCAAAAACACUAAAAUCCAAGAGAGAACCCAAGAACAGCCAAGAGCAAAGACAGAGGAGCAGAGCAGCUCUGAUAAGGAGAAUGACAAGAUCCCUUACAAGGACACUGUGACUGCAGAGGGGAAGAAAACUAAAGAGAAGAAAAGUACUUUUAUCCUGUCAGUGGAAACUUCGUCAAAGAAAUCCUGGGAGAAUGAGCAGAUGAUAGAAAGUGAGCUUCCUGGGAAGAAGAUGACACAUUUAACAGAAGAUGGAAAUAAUAAGGAAAUGACUAGUGUUAAUGAAGAAACAAUCAUCAUAAAUAAUAGGCUGAACAGUUCACAGGAGUUCUUAAUAAAGCCAAAACAAUCCAGUGCCUUCAUCCAACAACAACCUUCAGAAACCUCUCUUGUUAAAGAUUCUCCAGCCUUUUCUAAAGGAGCAAGGAAAUAUCGCACCGUCCCAGCCCCUAACUUCUGCAGGAGUCCUGUUCACUACAAAAGAAAAAGUGGACAACAGGCUGAUGGGGAGGCGAGCUCGAAGGGGAAACCUGAGGUCAGUGCUGUUUUGAAUAACCACCACAAGUCUGAAGAAGUUAGUCCGGGACAUCAAAUAGUAGGGUCUCCCACAGUGAAUCUCAUAGUUGAAGGGGAAGUGACGAGUGUUUUAACCAAGCGUUCACAGCACAUAGAUCAGCUGGAGUCAAACCUGUCCAGCCUUAAGGUUCUGAUCUCAGAUCUUGAGUCAACGGUGAAAGAAAACUUGGACAAUCACAGCCAAGCUGAGAGGAGUCCACAAAUUGAGUUAAGUCUUAAAGACAUGACAAAUGAGCAAAGAAAAACUGUUUUUCUGGAGGACAAAUGGAGAAAUCAUGAUGAAGAUAGCAAUGAUGUGGAGGACAGGAAGUGGUUAUCCAACAAUUGCAGAAACAAGCAUGAAGAUUCAGUUGCUGAACUGAGCGUCAGUGACACAGAUGAUGUUCCCCUCACAGCCCAGGAGGAGGAAGAUGUGCUGGGUGACUUUAGAGAGGUCAGAUUGAUCAAAACCUUAACUACAGAGAGAGAAAAUGGGAAAGAAGUGAGCAAAGAAGGACUAACCAAGAGUUCUACACAGCUUGAUGGAUGUGGAAAGCAGCAGCCAUCUGCUAAAUGUAUGUUCUCUGCAGCACAGCGGAUGCGCAUUCCCGAUGUUUUCCGAAAUGUUCCAUCUGACCCCCCUUUUCGGAGUGAGAUCUCAGUGUUUUCAGAUAACAGCAACCACCUCAUGGAAAGAAGGAAAGAGCUGUCUGUCGAAGGUCAGGACUCCAUCCGCUCGCCAUCGCUAAAUCAGUCAUACGAUGUGGACGCCCCGUCAGGCCUGUGGUUCACUGAGGGAUUGGGGUCACAAAGUCAUCCUGUACAAGAAAAGCAUCUGACCCCAGAGAAUGGCAGUGAAGGUCAGGCAGGUGUGUCCAAGGUCAAACGGAGACUGCUCAUGCACAUGACGGAGGAGACCCAGGAAGGGAGCGCAAAUACCAGCAGGGGAGCAGACUGUGCCAGACCCAACUCCAGCAGCCCCAGAGCUGCAGUGCAUUGGUAUGAAGGCCUCAGCAGUCAGCGGGACAAGUGGGAGGAGCUGAAAGAGAUCCACGCUGCUCAGGUCAGAGCACUGCAAGAGGAGCACAGGAGACAGCAGGAAGAACUACUACAGGCACUGGCAGUCCGUUAUCAUCUCCUCCAGAGCAUGUCCUUCCCCUGCUCCAUGUCAGGCUCACGUCUUGGGGACACAUUGACCUUUUCUACCCUCUCUCAGUCUUCCAGCUCGCAGCACUACCACCCCCUGCUGGCUGCAGCUGUGAAAGGUUUUCUAACUCGCAGGCUGCUGAGGACGGAGAGAGUGGCACAGCUGGUGCGCACUGUCAGGGACACACAGCAGUUCCUGCAGGCCCUCCGGCAGCAGAGCCCUCAGCUCUGCAGUAGACAGGACCUCUUACUGCAGGAGAGAGUCAUUCUGCAGCUGCGCGCUGCACAUUAUGAGGUCUACGACAUAUUCUUCAGCCUGUCAGCCAGGGAGCGGAUGCAGCUGAUCAGCUGGGACAGAGAGCUCGCCAAGGAGAGAGAGCUCAGACGACAGAGUUCGCGCACUGGCCCUCCCAGACGAAAGAGCUUUCUGUCAGCUGCAACACAAAAGUCGCUGGAGAGGAAGACAGGAAUGAUGAGCCAAAGAAAGGCUGCAGAGAGCCAUCGGGGGGUUAUGACGAGGACAGCAAAAAAAUCUGGAUUCUCUGCUGAGCCCCUGCCAGAAACCAAACGAGGACAUUUCAGAGCAAAUCCUCAGAGGGUCCCCAAGAGCGCUUCCUCCUCUAGACCCCAAUGACACCUUCCUAAUUGGCCCCAGUGAGGACUCCUAACAAGCCCUCUAGUGAUUAUAUGAAUAAAGUAUUACUAAUCAUCUGAGAGUUUCCAAAACCAAAAACCAAAUUUGAUUCAAAUGGAUGACUAAUGUAUAUCAUUGUAUUUCAUCUCUGGAGCUUUGAGAACAUUUUUGACACCAUAGUGACUACAGAGGAGCUGCUCUGUCACGUCUGCUUCCAACACUUUUGUACCAUCUUCAGAUUAUUUAUACUGAAGAUGUUUGUGGGAAAAUGUUGAGUUGACAGGAAAGAAAAAUCAGUUGGCAGCAACUUUAAAGGUCUGUUCACUGCAUCUAAAAGAUUUAUAGACUGCAGAUGUUCUGAUAGCUACAGUGAGCGAUAUGGAUGAUCACUCAGUUAAUUUGGGUAUUACAGGAAAGCAGGAGUUCACAAAUUUGGGGUCAAAUAGUAGAUUUUGGCACAGGAAAAGUGAAUAUUUAUGUAGCACCUCACAUAGUCAUGAUGGGGACUUAGACUGAAACAUAGCUUGAAGGAUUUGUUGCUGCACUGCUUGGUUUUGUAUGACAUGCAAAGCUCCAGAUUUUUAUUCUUUGAUUCUACCAGGGUAGCUUUGCAUGAUUCAUUGUUCAGAAUAAUCCUUAUUUGUCUUAUACUAAGCCUUGGUGCAACUGCUCAGUCCAUCCAAGGUCUGAAACAAGCUGUUUUAGCUCCUUUAGAGUCAACUUUCUUCUGAUUGUCUGCCUUUUGGAAACAGAAGGUUUUGAACAGAAAGUGGGUGGGGCUUCUGUGCCUGAUAUGACCAUAUUAGGGAUAUCCCCUUUCUUUGAUACCAAGAGUAGAAAAGCCUGUGUUUGGCAGAAAAUAAGAAAAAUCAUAAUAGAUCCAUUCUAAAGAAUGAUGUUAAUAAAUAAACAUACAGUAAAUAGACCUUUUUCAGAGCAGACAUUUUGGCAAAGUACCCUUGUUUUUUGCUGUCUGGCCCACUGUUACAAUUAAUAGGAAAUAAGCUUUUGCUUGUGUUUUUCCGUGUUUUCCACAGAAUUCUUUGUCUUCCGUGGAAAAAGUCAGUAUUACCCCUUUUCCAGAAACAUGGUGCCAGUGUAGAACCAGUUCUACUCAAAUAGAUUUUUGCCAGGUGACAAAAGCUGAGAUCAGCACUGCACCUCAAAAAACACUGAGGUCAUUGACCAUGGGAGGGACUCCCACAGUGACCAGCAGAGGCAGUCCACAGAUUCUCUCUGUUGUGAUUUUUUUCUACCCACAGGAAUUUUCUUAAUUUCUCAUACCUCUGAGAAGAGGGCUGGUUUUUAGGCCACCCAGAUGAAACACAACUGUUAUUUUUUUCACCUAUAUUGAGAAAGUUUGAUUUAUCCAUUUUCUUAGCCACUUAUCCAUUUCAGGGUCACGGAGGGGCUGAAGAUUAAAAUCAGCUAGCAUAGGCUAUCUGGUUAUUUAAUUUGCAUUUUUAAAAUUAAAAAAUUUUAAAAACAUUUUCCAGUUGGUGUUAAACUCUUUUUCCUCUGUAGGUUGAAUAACUCAGUUCCUUCAUUUUUAUAGCACCAAAAACAGACCAUCACUGGAUGUAUUCCCACACAUUAAGCCCUUCUUGUGUGAUAUGAGUAGUAUUUUGAUAGUCCUUAAUAUCGAUGCUAAUACAUGACUUGAAACAUGUUACUCUUCGUGUUGCCUUAAAUAUUUGUAGUCAAUAUUUGCAAUUUUUCGAUUGUUAUAGAUUUUGGAUUUGUUUUAUAUGUUAUUUAUUCGUUUGAUAAUAAAUGUUUAU